CCCUCCACUCGGGUGGCCUGGGUGAGCCAUUCCAGACAGUAAUGUCAAAUUCCACCAUGCAAAUUUGAAGUCCAUGGCGUAGUCUCUGAAGCAACAUGCUUACUAUUUGACGGACUCGAGGGAUGUACCGGAGAAAUCCACGUUCAAUCUGGAAGCUCAUUGCGCCAUUCAGAUAUGUUCAUACCACCACCUCCCAACACAUUCCGAGACCUUCCGAAUUUCCUACAACCCAACUUGCCUCAUUCUUGCAAUCUUCUUCUUUUCCUUCAAAUCUUCAACAAGGCAGACAAGUUCACGCCCAGCUCAUCCUCAAUGAAAUUACUACCACCGAUCACCUUCUUCUGGCUAUGUAUCUUCGUUGCGGUAGCUUCAAUGAUGCCAAGAACAUGUUCUAUCGGAUUGAUUUGGGGUGUGUAAAGCGUUGGAAUUUGAUGAUCAGAGGGUUGGUUAGGAUGGGUUGGUUUCGUUUUGGCUUGUUGUUUUAUUUUAAGAUGCUGGGUUGUGGGGUUUCUCCUGAUAAUUUUACUUUCCCUUCUGUCGUGAAGGCUUGUAGUGGUUUAAAUAAUGUACGAUUUGGUGCCUUGAUUCAUGAGGCGAUUUUGUCGAUGGGUUUUGAAGUGAAUGUGUUUGUGGGUAGUUCUUUGAUACACUUGUAUGUAGAGAACGGUUAUGUUGAUCGCGCUCGUACAUUGUUUGAUAAAAUACCAGCCAGAGAUUGUGUUUUGUGGAAUGUGAUGCUUAAUGGUUAUGUUAAGUGCGGGGAAUUAGAUAAAGCUAUGGAGAUUUUUGAGGAAAUGAGGAAAGAUGAAACAAAGUCAGAUGAAGUGACAUUUGCUGCUAUUUUCUCUCUGUGUGCUUCGGAAGGAAUGGUGGAUUUUGGUACUCAGCUUCACGGCCUUGUUGUUAGUUGUGGCUUGGAAUUUGAUUCUGUGGUGGCAAACGCACUUUUGUCUAUGUAUUCAAAAUGUGGGUGGUUGUCUGAUGCUCGUAAAUUGUUUGGAAUGAUGCCCCGGGACAAUUUGGUGUCUUGGAAUGGAAUGAUUUCAGGGUAUGUACAGAAUGGGUUUAUGCAAGAUGCUUCAUGUUUGUUUAAUGAGAUGGUAUCUUCUGGCGUGAAACCAGAUGCAAUCACCUUCUCAAGUUUUCUUCCGGCUGUUGCUGGGUUGGGAUGUUUCAGAAAAGGCAAGGAAAUUCAUGGAUAUAUAUUAAGACAUGGAGUGUCAUUGGAUGUGUUCUUGAAGAGUGCACUUAUUGAUGUAUACUUUAAGUGCAGGGAUGUGGAGAUGGCACGCAAGGUUUAUAACCAAAGCACCAAGGUUGAUGUUGUCAUGUGCACAGCUAUGAUAUCAGGAUUCGUGCUUAAUGGGAUGAACAAUGAUGCCUUCGAGAUUUUCAGGUGGUUACUUAAAGAAAAAAUCAUGCCGAAUGCUGUAACAUUGGCAAGUGUUCUACCUGCUUGUGCAGAUUUAGCUGCAUUAAAAGUGGGGAAGGAAUUGCAUGGUUAUAUCAUCAAGAACGGGCUUGAUCAUGGCUGUCAUGUGGGAAGUGCUGUCAUAGACAUGUAUGCGAAAUGCGGAAGGCUGGAUGUCACUCAUGAUAUUUUUGGAAGAUUGUCUGAAAGAGAUUCUGUUUGCUGGAACUCAAUGAUCACAAGCUAUUCCCAGAAUGGAAAACCAGAGAAGGCGAUUGAUCUUUUUUGUUGGAUGGGGAGGACUGGAAUGAACUAUGACUGUGUGAGUAUAUCAGCAGCUCUUUCUGCUUGUGCUAAUCUACCUGCACUACAUUAUGGGAAAGAGAUCCAUGGGUUUAUGAUUAAAGGUUCAUUCUGCUCCGAUCUAUUUGCUAAGAGUGCACUCAUAGAUAUGUAUGCAAAAUGUGGAAAUUUGGGUUCUUCUCAGCUUGUGUUUGACAUGAUGGAAGAGAAGAAUGAAAUUUCAUGGAAUAGUAUUAUUGCUGCUUAUGGAAACCAUGGCCGCCUUGAAGAUUGUCUUGCCCUGUUUCAUGAGAUGUUGAAAAAUGAAAUUCAGCCUGAUCAUGUCACUUUUUUAGCUAUAAUAUCCGCUUGUGGUCAUGCUGGUAAAGUUGAUGAUGGAAUUCACUACUUCCAGAGCAUGACUAAGGAAUAUGGAAUCCCAGCUAGGAUGGAACAUUAUGGAUGUGUGGUGGAUUUAUUUGGACGCGCUGGUCGUUUGAAUGAAGCCUUUAAAACUAUAAAGAGCAUGCCAUUCUCUCCUGAUGCUGGUGUGUGGGGUACAUUGCUAGGAGCCUCUCGAAAUCAUGGCAAUGUUGAGCUUGCUGAAGUGGCUUCAAGACACCUUUUUGAUCUGGACCCACAAAAUUCUGGUUACUAUGUACUGCUUUCCAAUUUACUUGCUGAUGCUGGACAUUGGGGGAGUGUACUGAAGAUAAGAAGUUUAAUGAAGGAAAGAGGAGUUCAGAAAGUACCUGGAUACAGUUGGAUAGAGGUCAACAACACCACCCACAUGUUUGUUGCUGCAGAUGAAAGUCACCCACGGUCUUCACAUAUUUAUUCAUUGCUGAAGACUCUUCUUCUAGAGCUGAAAAGAGAAGGAUAUGUUCCUCAGCUUUAUCUUCCAAUGCAUCCACAGCAUAUGGUGUCAUGACUAUCAUAUCCCCCUUUGCGCCGCCAACUGGAUCGUAGAUAAAAAUGUUAGCUUGUGAACCAUGGGCUGUGUUGGCAAAUCAGCAAUGUAAGCAUGUGAGAAAGUAGGAGGACAAUCUGUUUUGACAAGAAAAAUGUGAGGGGAAUCAACAUUGCAAAGCAGAGGUGACAAAGAACAAUCUGCAAACUGUCUAAUAUACAAAAUGUGCUGCUUUCGUGCUUUCUGUCAAAGCUUAGGAGUUACUGAAACCAUAUCGGAUCAUAUCCCCACUUCUCCCCUUUGCUCUCCCCACAGGCAUAGCUCCCAUAUUUGCUGUUUCAGGCACAGAUACCUUUGCAGCAAGGCUGGUGAAAAGGUUAAAGUCUAGCUAUGUUCUAGGUAAUUACAAGCAAAUGAGAGAGAAGGGUGUGUGUAUGCAGACUUGAAAGAAAGAAAUGUUUAAAGUGAGUAAAUAUGUGAUGCUUGCAUUAUCUGUCAAAUUUUAUAUUCUUUGGAGCAUUAAUGUGGCAUAAGAAGUUGGAGUGCAGAACGUUUUCUCCUGCUAAUGGGGACUCAUGGCUGAAAAUCAGACCCCAGGUACAAAGUUUGCAAUCCUGGAAGAGGAUUUCCCUCAGUAAAUAAAUUUACCAUGAAAGGAAGGGGAAAGGAAAGAGAGAGUUUUCUCUGUUUUGAAAGCUCCCCAAAUAACCUGGAACCCCCACCAAUCUUACUUAUGCUGUCUUUGGCAAGAGGAAAAGAUGAAGGAAGGAAAGGGGUAGAACCAAAACCUACUUUCUUUCCAUCCUUUCCUUCAUUUGAUAGAUCGGUACAUAUAAAUAUGUAUGCACUUAUAUAGUUUAAUAUUUUUUCUAUUUUACAUUUUAAUGCGAGCUCUAUCUUAUUGUAAACAAAAUAUAGUAGUUUGAUCUUGAUGCGUAUAUAAAGCUUUUUCUAGGAUUCAUGAAUUCAUAUAUAUGGUGGUUUGUUAUAUGAUUGCUACAUAGAAAUUAUGUAAUUGGAAUGUUACUACUUCAAUAUGACAUGAUA